CCUAUCUCACACCGGAGCAGUGCCGUGUGGUUACUGGGAAGAUCCCCUGUGCAGAUGCCCCCGGCCACGCUGCUUGUGCACAGGCUGGCUGCUGUUACGAUGAGACGGACCCAACGACUCCCUGCUACUAUGGCAACACAGUCACUAUUCAGUGCCUCCUGGAUGGUCACUUUAUUCUGGUGGUCUCCAGGGACAUGUCUGCCCACCCCAUCGUUCUGGACAGUGUCCGGCUAGCCUACGCCCAGACUGGGUGUGAUCCCAUCAGGAAGACCGAGGCUUUUGUGAUCUUCCACUUUCCCCUCAUGCAGUGUGGCACCACAGCUCAGGUGAUCGGGGAUAAACUGAUCUAUGAGAACCAGCUGGUCUCUGGCAUUGACAUCCGGACUGGGCCAGAUGGCUCCAUCACCCGGGACAGCACCUUCAUCCUCCAUGCUCGCUGCAUCUACAAUGCCAGUGACUUCCUGCCACUGCAGGUCCAGGUCUUCCUGUCCCCCUCACCUGCUCCAGUCACCCAGGAAGGACCCCUCCACCUUGAGCUGCGCAUUGCCACAGACCUGAGCUACACAUCCUACCUUGAGGAGGGAGACUACCCUGUGCUGAAGGUGCUCAGGGACCCUGUCUACGUGGAGGUUCGCAUCCUGCAGAGAACAGACCCCGCCCUGGUUCUGGUUCUGCACCAGUGCUGGGCCACCCCCAGUGCAAACCCCCUGGAGCAGCCGCAGUGGCCCAUCCUGGUGGACGGGUGCCCGUUCCUGGGAGACAAUUACAGAACCGAGCUCGUGCCCAUGGGCCCGGCUUCCUCUGAGCUGCCCUUCCCGACCCACCACCAGCGCUUCGUCCUCUCCACCUUUGCCUUUGUGGACUCUGCUGCCCAGAUGGCACUUGAUGGACUGGUGUACCUCUUCUGCAGUGCCUCUGCCUGCCACCCCUCCCAGCUGGAGCCCUGCAGGACCUGGUGCCCCUCGGGGGCUGCUAUAAGAGGCCGUCGGUUUCUGCAUAUUGGCAAUGGGACAGGAGAGCCCCAGGACCUAGUGAGUUCUCAUGGACCUCUGAUCUUCCAGGAAAGUCCUAGACCACAUGGAGAGCAAGUCUAUGUCUACUCAGACCCUGCCUCCAGACUGGACCUGGCUUCUCUACUUCUGGCUGUGAUCUCCCUGGGGGUGGCCAUUUCCCUCAUCAUUGUGGCUCUGCUCUGCAGGAGAAAGGGCUGGGUUUCAAGAUCCCAAAGACUCCAUCGUGACUUACUGUCAAACCAAGGUGGAAAAUAAAAAUUGA